GUCACGCAAAUGUUGCCCCUUGCGUCGUUUAUCAGCCGGUAAGUGAGCGGCACGGCGACCGCGACGUCCUCCCGGUGGAGUAAAAUAUAUAAAAAAGUGAUAGUGAGUUAAGUUAGAUGUAGCUGCGUUUUAACGGCCAGACAACCCUGAUGUGAUAUCGAUAAGUCGGUUCCGAGGUAUUGGGUAAUACAAUCCGCGAACAUGGCAGCGCCCACAGGACCGAGAGGGACUUCAGCCUCCAACCUGCCCGGCUUUCACGGUUUCCCGUUUCCCGUAGCCGCUAAACCACCGGAGGGCAGCUCCGGUAAGGAGCCGGAGCAGACCGGGGAUGUGAAGAAGAAGCCGUGCAGAACCUGUACGGACUUUAAAUCCUGGAUGAAGACCCAGAAGAAACCGACGACAACUGCUGUACAGGAGACCGGAGCUGCAGAGUCGGAGCCACAAGACCCACAAUGUCCAUUGGACAGGGAGGAGUUAGGGCGUAACACCUGGUCCUUCCUGCACACCAUGGCAGCAUAUUACCCCGAGAGACCGUCUCCCACCCAGCAGCAAGAGAUGGGGCAGUUCGUGAACCUUUUCUCCAAGUUCUUCCCGUGUGAUGAGUGUGCAGAAGACCUCAGGGGCAGAUUGAAAACCAACCAGCCGGACACCGGGAGCCGCCACGCUCUCUCUCAGUGGUUCUGUCGUCUACACAACGACGUCAACGUCCGGCUCGGCAAGUCCGAGUUCGACUGCUCCCGCGUCGACGAGCGGUGGAAAGACGGAUGGAAAGACGGUUCCUGUGACUGAUGGACGAGCUCAUAACUCUGUUGUGGAGAAACUUAACGUGAGGAGAGAGAGAGAGACGAUGUGGUGCACUUCACAUCCAGUUAAUGAAACUGAUCUAGGAACAAAAUGUACGAUACAAAACAACUUAUUUUCUCUCUCUCGGGUUAGAACCAAAACUGAAGCUCUUGUUAAUUGUGUGGGGAGUUUGCGAUAGAAAUGUCUCUUGAAAUUUUACAUUCAAUCUUGUUUUUGUUGACCAACGAAGCCCCGAUGUCUGUUAAAGCACAAUGUUCAAGCGGACCAUUACAAUGUUUUAUAAUCUGUU